UGCCAUAGGCGAGAACGGAGGCAGGGGAACGCAGACGACGUAAAGACAAGGGAAGAACACUUUUGGCGGCGUUAAUUACACACGAGAAUUCGCCAGUUACAGUCGCGUCAAUCGUUUUCAAUAUAACAGUUUUGUAACACUUAAAUGUCAGUUCGAUUAAACGUGCCCGUAAAACAAUACAGAGUUACGAAAAUUACCUACAGUGUAAAGUCAGUGCGUAUCGAUAACAUUUGGUGCAUCGACCGGGAAUCGUGAAUCCCAACGAACUGAUACGUAAAUUGUAGUCGUCUUAUCGCUCUGUAUCGUCCACAUCGUUUACGCCACAGCACGAAUAUUCAUGCCGACAUUGUCUCUCAGUGAGAGGAUCUACAAUCAAGCGUUACUUUUAGAACAGAACUUAAUUAGACGAUUUACGUUCACACGUGCUCGCCCUAUAGCACCCUGAGUCGUCUACGCUCGAAGUACUGUCCUAAUAACUUGAUUGUCGAAAACCUAAGCUUGUACCCGUCUCGUUGACAAGCUCGUGUCUUAAAUAACGUGUAACGUGUUACAUUCGCAAAUCAGUCCCGCGUGGCAGAUCACGUAUCCAUUCCGCAAAUUGCUCCCUUACGUCAUCCGUUGUCAUUCAAGCAUGGCCAACGACGCCUUUCCCCUUGAAGCUAUUCAAGAAGAAGAACCGGAGGAGGAAUUGGAAGAAUGGCAAACGACCAACGAUCCUGCUGAACUAAAGCAUUACCGUACUCAGGCAAAGAGAAUUCACACGAAGUCACUCAAUCAAGCUCUCCUUGCCGUCCGGAUGCUAGAAGAUGUUGAUACAGUCAACGUAUAUCGAGUUGGCUUGGUCCGUGCAUACGACAUAGUUGAAAGAAUUCACCAUCGCUACGUGGAAGUCUGUAAGUUCGACGGUGAAGAGCUGGACAGAGAAACCAGCUGGGGAAUUGAUAUUUCCAUCAAACAUUCGAAGGCGUUAGCUGACGUGGCCAACUACUUAGAUUCCUGUCAAGCCCGCGCAAGAUCAGUUGCAGGUUCCAGCCGCAGUAGCACUUCUAACCGUUCAUCAGCCUCAUCGACACGCCGUAAACUUCAAGAGGCAGAGCGGCUAGAAAAGGAAAUGCAACUAAAGAUUCAACAGGAAAGAGCUGAAGCCUUACAACAAGCCGAAGAGGAUGAACGUAUGCAGCAGUUUGAAAUUGCCAGGAAGGCAGAAGAAAGACGGGUUGAAGCAGCACGUAAGGAACGACAAUUGCAAAUGGAGCUGGAGAAACAACGCUACACUGGCUCCUUGUUACGCAAACAGCUCGCAGACGAAUUAGCAGUGGCCGAAGAGAACGAUGAAAUGGAAACGUCCGGGUUUGACAAAACAGAUGUCUGGAAACCUUCUUUCGUCCCAUCUCAUCCACCUGCUACGCUUAUCCCAAAUUUCCGUAUACCGUGUGGGACAGCAACGUCAACGCAACCAUGCUCUCAAUACGAGCCGGCUGCGUCAGAACAGCCGUCUACGUCCGACCAGCCGUCCUCGUCGAUUCCCAAGCUAAAUACCAAGGCCUUCAGCUACGUACCACCAAACGUAUUCAACCAGCCAAAUCCAAGUAUAGCUCAGCAAUUCACCUCAAGCGCUCGUCCGUCACUGAUUCCAACAACCACGAUGUCGUCGCUACCCGUCCACAACCGAGUUACGCAACAAACGUUUCCGCCACAAAGACCAGUUCACGCUCCACAAGCAACGGUGUAUUCUCCUGAUGCCUGGAUAUUCGCCGUGAAUCGUCAUGACGCACCUCCGACAUUUCGUUCAUCAUCGAGACCGCCGAAAGCUGAACCACCGAAGUUUGACGGCAACCCGAUAAACUGGCCUAUGUUUAUACAGUCAUUCAAGGUUCAAAUUCACGACACAUGUUUCAGCGAUGCUGAACGUCAACAUCAUCUACGUGCAAGCUUGACGACCGAAAUUCAGAACAAUCUUGGCGAAGUUCUACUCAACCCUGGAUUAUACUCCUUUGCAUUGAAAGAGCUGCAUCGGAAGUUCGGAAAUCCAAGAAUCGUUUCAACCGCUUGCUCUUCAUCUCUCUUAAAGCUACCUUCAUUUAAAGAUAGCGACUACGAAUCGUUAAAGCAGUUUUCGUCCACACUCCGUUCAGUCGUCGCAACUUUGCAACUGGGUGGAUAUGGACUGGAACUACAUAGCAGUACAACCUUGGCUCAAUUGGUUGGAAAAUUGCCGCCCACCUUACGCAGUAAAUGGGCCGAAGUGAGCUAUCGAAUUCAAGAUAGAUUGCCUACGAUACUCGACCUGGACACGUGGCUCGAUGACGUUACGAUGGCGGAAUACUUCGUCCGUAUUGGCGUCAACCCCACACCCCAGCAAGGCAGUCAUCCGAAAACUCGAGAAAACGUCCACAGGUCAUCGAACGAAAAACAGAAGAAGUCGACCACGACUCCCAUGGUCUUUUCUACGACCGUAAAAAUUGCGUCCUGCCCACAUUGUGACGGUGCUCAUCGCCUUCACCUCUGUGAGAAGUUUAAAGCCUUAAAUCCCACGGAACGAUCAGAAAUCGUCAAAGAAAAAAGAUGCUGUUACCGGUGUCUCGACGACCGCCAUCUAAGUUCCGAGUGUACGAAGGAAAAGGAAUGUGGAACGGACGAGUGUAAACGUCUUCACCACCCUCUUCUCCACGGAGCACCGCGGAUGUACCCGAAAACGCCACGAUCGUGCCCGAUGUCAUCCUCGUCUCAAAAGAGCCCGUUUAACGGCUUGGUCUCCUACGGCUACGAAAGUGAAACGACCUUGCUGCCUAUCGUCCCUAUGUUAAUUGAAGCUAAUGGCCGAACCUGGACCGGUUAUGGAUUGCUGGAUCCUGGAAGCCAAAUCUCAAUGAUAACCAACGCGCUUGCAAACGAAUUGGGACUUCAAGGCGAGAAGGGAAUUUCAAGAAUCGGAACGUAUCACGGCCGCGACCCAACCGCAAAUACAACUAAGGUGUCUUUCAGAAUCUCUUCUUUGGACAAAAGCAGUUCCUUCGAAAUCCCGAACUGUUACUCCGUUCCCGUCUUAAGAAUCAGAAACGAAAACGUUGACCUAAGGAAGUUGGUUAAGGAUUGGCCUCAUCUAGCCGGAUUGAAAGUUCCCACCCAAAAUUCCGUGCACGUUAACGUGUUGAUCGGCUCGUGUGAUAUGGCGCCGCAAGAGGUCCUGGAAAUCAAAAGAGAUCCGUUGAACGAGCGGGCCCCACGAGGACUACGAACAGCCUUUGGAUGGUGUAUAGCUGGACCGAUCUCUCCAGCCGCCGUUGCACAACUGCAGUGUAACUCGCUCUCAUUAGCGCCCCCACCCGACCAAGAUCUUGUGAAUGCAAUUGAUCGCUUUCUACUCACCGAGACUUACGAAGCCCGAGCAGGAGUCAAGGUGCCGAUUAGCGAAGAAGAAGUACGCGCGAACAAGAUCCUAAACGAAACGACGAAAUUCUUAGGCGAUCGAUACGAGUCGGGACUUCUCUGGAAACACGAAGAGCCGAACCUGCCCGACAACAGCCAGUCUACACUAGCGCGCUUCCUCAAGCUAGAACGAAGACUCAUCGCCGACGAAAACCUUGGUAAAAGGUACUCCGCAGCAAUCAACGAGUAUAUCAGCCUUGGUCACGCCCGAAAACUCUCAGCUGAGGAGGUCAACUAUCGUCCAGCUGGCCGAACCUGGUUUCUGCCUCACCAUCCGGUGAUAAAUCCGAAGAAACCCGAAAAAUGCCGCCCGGUCUUUGAUGCCUCCGCGUACUACAAGGGAAUGUCGCUGAACUCUGCCCUGCUGAAAGGACCCGACCUGCUAACCAACCUCAUUGGUGUGCUGAUACGUUUCCGACAACAUCCGAUAGCGUUGAGCGCGGAUAUUGUUAAAAUGUUCCACCAAGUAAGGGUGCGGCCAAAAGACGGGCCGGCACUUCGCUUUUUCUAUCGCGACCCGGGUAUACAGGAGCCACCCUCCGUUUACCAAAUGAACGUGCAACCCUUCGGCGCAGUUUGCUCUCCGACAAUUUGUGCUCACGUUCUACGUCAAGCAGCCGAAGACGGCGGGAUUGAUGCGGCCGACGUUACCAACCAAAUAAUCGAUCAUUUUUACGUGGAUAAUUGGUUGACAUCAUUCCCAACUGCCAAAGAAGCUGUUCAGCACGCAAAAAGGGUGGCAGACGUUCUACUUCGAGGAGGAUUCGAGCUCGCCCAAUGGGGUUCAUCAUGUUCAAAAGUUCUAUUGUCGUUGCCUGGCAAUCCAGUCUCAUCCAUCGAUUUAGCCCUACACGGAAUGCCCAUAGAGCGGACGCUGGGGCUCUCACUCGACUACGGCAGCGAUUCGUUUGUGGUGAGCGCAAGCAUAAAACUUGAUGGAGCGACGAAACGAGAAAUACUUCGAGAAACGUCAAGCGUCUACGACCCAUUUGGAUUUCUUUCACCGGUGUUGCUACACGCAAAACUUAUCCUGCAAGCUGUAUGCAGAAAAUCGGUUGGCUGGGACGAUCAACUAGACCAGACGACCGUCGAUGAGUGGCAACAUUGGGCCGUCUCCCUCUCGAAGCUAAAACCGCUCUCCAUCUCACGAUGUUUUAACCCAGAGCUACCAAAAGCGCGAGGUGUGGGACUUCAUCUGUUUGCUGACGCAUCCGAAUCAGCAUUUGGUGCCAUCGCCUAUCUCCGAUUUGACAAUCCCGACGGCGUUAAGGUGUCAUUUGUCAUGGCCAAGGCAAGAGUGGCACCCAUCAAAUACGUUUCGAUUCCCAGACUUGAGCUGUGUGCAGCAUUACUCGCCGCCCGUCUAGCAUCAGUGAUCAAGUCAGAACUCCGACUAAAAAUCGACCAAGCCACAUUCUGGUCGGACUCCACAACGGUUUUGAGAUGGAUUAACUCUCCACACUAUCGAUUUCAUGUUUACGUUGGAAACCGAAUAGGCGAAAUAUUGGAGUUGUCCGAAAGUAGUCAAUGGCGUUAUGUCCCUACAACUCAAAACCCAGCAGACGACGUCAGCCGUGGCGUCACAUCCACAGAAUUUUCCAUCGAACAUCGUUUCUUUACCGGACCAUCUUUCCUCUAUCAAUCACCGCAAAACUGGCCGGCCUUCCCCGAUGUAAAACAGGGAAUUGACGAAAUAAAGGAUCCCGAAGUUCGCUGUACGAGAUGGGUUGGUGCGACACUACACGUAACCGAUUCCAUUGACCGGCUCACCACGUACACCUCCCGCUAUCCGUUUUUAGUCGGCGUCGUCGGCUACGUCAAACGUUUCAUUAAUAACGCUCGGAAAGAAAAAACCCAUCGUGAUUUCGGCAAACUAUCGGAAACCGAGGUCAAGAAUGCGGAAGCGGAAUUAUUUAGGCGCGCCCAGAUGUCUGCCUUUCCUGAAGAUUACAGUAAUAUAAAGGAGGGAAAGCCGCUCGAUCCCGGUUCAAGCCUAAUCACGUUAAUGCCAUUCGUCGACCAUCAAGGAGUUUUACGGGUCGGAGGACGUAUUGAAAAUGCUCCAGCCCCGCCGGAAGCCCGCCAUCCGAUCAUACUCCCAGCCGACGAAAAAAUCACGGAAUUGCUGAUUUAUAGUCUUCACCUCGAGUUUGUACACUCCACUACAGAGAGAACCUUUCACGAAUUACGUAAACUCUACUGGGUUCAACGCGGACGAAAAACGGUGAGAAGAAUUAUAAACAAGUGUUUCAAAUGCAAGCAACACUACGCAAAGGCACUUUGUCCAAUGAUGGCCGCUCUUCCCGGUUACCGUUUGAAGCCUUUCUACCCCGCCUUUACACACACCGGAGUAGAUUUCUUUGGCCCGUACAACGUAACGAUAUUCAGACGGAAGGUAAAACGCUGGGCCUGUUUAUUUACUUGCAUGUCAUCAAGAGCCGUGCACCUGGAAAUGUCAUACUCUCUUGACACUUCCUCCUUCAUCAACUGCAUCAGUCGCUUUGAAGAUCGCCGUACAACUCCGAAACAUUAUCACAGCGAUAAUGGCACGAAUUUUGUUGGAGCUGUGCAUGAAUUUUCCGAGUGUCUCCGUCGGAUGGAACAGUUAGCCAUUCAAGAUGGGCGAAAACGAAGAACGGUGACUUGGAGUUUCAACCCACCUUCCGCGCCACAUUUUGGUGGAACCUGGGAACGUCUAGUUCAAUCGUCAAAACGUGCCUUAAGAUUCGUACUCAACGAGCAAACUCUGACUGACGAUACUUUGGUCACCACGCUAAUUCAAGUGGAGAAACUUCUCAACGGCCGCCCGUUAACGUAUGUAAGUGUAAACCCGGCGGAUCCUGAACCCAUUACGCCAAAUCAUCUUCUCCUUGGACACGAAAAUCCGUACAUACCUUUUGAUCUGUUCGACGAAAACGAUAUGACGACCAAAAGGAAGUACCGCAUUGCUCAGUACCUAACUGAUUGUUUCUGGAGACGUUGGAUGAGAGAGUAUCUUCCCAGCCUUACGGAACGACGAAAAUGGCUAUAUGGACAAAAGAAUCUCAACGUUGGCGACAUCGUGAUCGUUAUCGAGCCAGAUACACCCCGUGGAGAAUGGCCAAUCGCUCGUGUCGUCAAGGUGUUUUCCGGCCCUGAUGGCGUAGUCCGUUCCGCAAUCGUUCACCUUCGUUCGGCUACCAAAACCUCCGAACUUCACCGCCCGGCUGUGAAACUCUGCUUGUUAGAGUCUUGGGAUACGGAUGGUGCGUCCGCUUACGAACGCAGAGCCGGCUAUGUUCCGAAUCCUACAACUCCGAAAUAA